ACCCCCCCAUCCUCGCACGGUUCAAAAUCUCCAUCACUUUGAUAUUCCUCUGCUCUUUAACUGUGAUCCCGGCAGCGUGCGCUUUACUGCUGUUGUCAGAGCAGCGACAUUAAAGGGUCAUGGCGCUUAACGUGGUGCUGGAUGGGCCGGCCCCCUGGGGGUUUCGCCUGACAGGAGGGAAGGAUUUCAACCAGCCCCUGACCAUCUCCAGGAUCACUCCCGGCAGCAAGGCGGCUCUUGCCAACCUGUGUGCCGGUGACGUCAUCCUGGCCAUCGAGGGAGCCCCGGCCACUGACAUGCUGCACUGCGAAGCCCAGAACAAGAUAAAGGAGUCCACCUAUCAGCUGUGCCUCACCGUUGAAAGGAAUGAAUCAAGACUGUGGUCUCCACGUGUGGUGGAGGACGGCAGAUCUCACCCGUAUAAAAUGAACCUGGAGGCAGAACAGCAGGAGUAUAAACCAAUUGGCACCGCUCACAACCGAAAAGCUCAGCCAUUUGUCGCAGCAGCCAACAUUGAUGACAAGCGGCAGGUGGUCAGUACAUCCUACAACACUCCCAUAGGCCUCUACUCCUCAGGCAAUAUCCAGGAUGCCAUGGAGGGCCAGAUCCGAGGCCUGGUCCCCCACAAGCCUGAGAGUCCCAGGACUCUGACCAGCAUCGAGGACUCUGACGUGUACCGGAUGUUACAGAAAGACCAGGAGGAGCCCCAGGAGCCUCGGCAGUCCGGUUCCUUCAAGGCCCUCCAGGACUUUAUUGACAGCGAUGGCACUCGUCCUAUUGUGACUCGGACUGUAAAAGCACCCACAACCAAACCAGCUGCGCCCACAGGAAACCUGCAGAAGCUGCCCGUCUGCGACAAGUGUGGGAAUGGGAUAGUCGGGACAGUGGUGAAGGCUCGGGACAAAUACCGUCACCCCGGCUGCUUCGUGUGCUCCGACUGUGACGUCAACCUGAAACAGAAGGGCUACUUCUUUGUGGAGGGGCAGCUGUACUGCGAGGCUCACGCUCGCGCCAGAAUGAGACCACCGGAGGGACACGACCUCAUCACAACAUUUCCCUCUGCAUAGAACUCCCUCGUAUAAAGACACAAACACACACACACACACUUUAUCAAGCGCUCUUGUGUCCUACAUCUGCGUUGUAUGUGUUCGUCUGCACUUUGGUGUCGUCUGUGUGCAACAAUAUUUCAGUAGGAACACACUUAUUUCUCUGAGCUUGCCGCCGUGUUGUUUUGACCUGUAAACCGCAGGUGAUAAAUGAACGACCUGGUUGUUUAAAGAGCCCAAUGAAACACUGAGACUUGCCACAAUUUGAUGUCUUUCUAAUAAAGACUUGUUUUUAUUCUGU